AUGUACAUUAAAAAUGAGUGGAGCUUGAAGGACAAGAUGUUUCAAAUGUCGCCCAAAAGUCAAAAUGUCUCGAGGAGGAAGAAGGCCGUCAAAGCGAAAGCGUCGGGAGAAGCUGUGGACAUUUUUUCCACUGACGAAAUGUCCAAAGAACAGCUGGAGGAACACAUCAUUCGCCUGCGGGAGGAGCUUGAACGCGAGCGAGAGGAGAAGAGUUUCUUUCAACUGGAACGGGAUCAGAUCCAAAGCUUUUGGAAAGUCAGCGAGCGCCACCUGGAGGAGACCCAAGCGCAACUCAGGAACAGAAACAGGGAGAAGGACGAGGCCGACCGGAGGCACAGCGUGGAGAUCAAUGUGUACAAGCAGAAGUUGAAGCAUGUCCUGUCAGAGCAGCACGCAGCUGUAGUGGACAAGAAGAUAGACAGUAGCUCGGCAGCCUGGCUCACACGUAGACACCACACGGACGCUGAGCUGCGUCUGCGGAGACACAGCCAAAAUGUGCAGGCUGACGCCCGUGAGAAGAAGCUCAACAGUCAUAAGUCAAUCCAGGAGCUCAAACUGAAGCAUCAAGUAGAGCUGAUGGAGCUCCGCAACAACUAUGACAAGAGAAUCUCAGAGGUAGAGGCCAAGUACAGUGAGAAGAUGGAGCAGAUGCGGCGGGCCGAGAGCGAGAAGACAGCGGCGGCCAUUUCAUCGUUGGAGAAAAAGAUGAACGAGCACUUGAAAUUGUUGACGGAAGAGCAGCACAAAAAAUUUCGAGCGGCUGAAGAAUUCUUCACCGCAACGCAGAGCAAACUUGGCGAUGACACAAGAAGACUUAAGGAGGAGGCAUCUGAAGCAAGGAAGCACCAUGCACGGGUCAACGGUCGCCUUGAGGAAGCAGAACAGCACAACAGACGCCUGGCUGUUUCCCUACAGGAGUCCGAGCGGAAUCUUCCAGACCUCCAACGCCAGCUAGAAGAACACAGGCGGGCGCGUUCCGAACAAAUGGACAGCGCCGCACGGGUCAAAAAACUGGAGGAGCAACUGGAGGAUGUUCUCUUCGAACGAGACGUGCUCAUCACCAACUUUGCACAGGUUGAGGAGGAGCGUGAUGCGCUGCUGAGCAAGCAGAUGGAGGUUCUGCUGGAUGUACAGCAGAGGAGCAAUCUGAAGGAAAUUAUGCUAGACCGCAAGAUGGCGCAACUGAGUCAAUCCAUGGACAGGAAAGAGGCUGGGCUCCUUGCCGUUACCGCCGACCUACAACCGCAUCAAGACAACGUGGCCGCCGACAGGCUACGGGACACACUGGAGUCCAAGAAAGACACCAUCAGGAGGCUGCAGGAGGAACUGGACCAACAAUGUCAGGAGUACACCACCUUGGUGGAGACAUGCCGUAAUGGUCUACAUGAGCUCAGCGUCCCAUCCUAUGAUUUUCCACUCCCAGACGCAAAGCUAGUCCUCAAAACACAAUGUCCACCAGCUGCGCUCACACACUGGUAG